UGAUUUGUUAUUCAUCCGUCUUGACCUGCACGCCACUCCAGUGCAGACAACUGAUCCACCACCUUGUUUGGGGGGAAAGAAAAUCAACACAUUUUCUCGGGAAAAUUCCGGCUCAAGCAAAAGGGACUGUGAUAAAAUAGAAGAUAUCUAUGGCAGGGGCAGAAGGUUUCGUUGAAGCAGAUAAUGCAGAGGCCAUUAUUACCAGAAUUGAACACAAAUCCCGCAAGAUCGAAAGCUUACUCAAACAGUAUAAACCCGUGGAAGCCCUUAAAACUGCCCUUGAAGGCACGUAUGCCAUGACUGGUGAUGAGCGUUGCAAGUCGGCACAUUGGAUUGUGGUGCAUAGAACUAUAAUGGCUAUAAAAGAUGUGGAUGGAAUGCUUUCUUCCUUGGAUCCUGAGUACUAUGAUAUCCUAAUGAAGUACUUAUAUAGAGGCUUAGCUACUGGAGAUCGUCCCACAUGCGACCAAUGUCUCCGGAUUCAUGAAAAAUUGACACAGAGAGCAGGACUGGGUUGCAUUCUACGUUUCCUGACUGAUACUGUAAACACUGUUUGAUUUCUGGACCACCUUUUUACUUGUUCUUUUCCUUUAUUGUUUUUAGUUCUCUUGUAUGUCCUUGCAAGACUACAGCAAUCAAUGUAGUGAAAUAUCAGGGAAAUAUAUUAAUAUUGAAUUU